CGGGGAUAUGUGCCUGUUUGCGUGGACAAACAUAAGCGAAGAACGGUGUAACGUAGGGCCGUCAAGGACCGCUGACCAUCAAAAAGCUUGGCUAUUAGUAGCUCUCUUAUUGCUACCAGAAGGCUCGCAAGUAACACUUUUACCCAUCUUAACCAGGUUCAUCGUCUACGUACUCCAUCCACAUCCUAGUUAGUGACCGGUUUAACGGCCAUCCGUCCUUUUCUACUAACCGCAACUGUCAUGCAUCGGGCGCUCAUGUCCCUUUCCAUCGGCGAUUCUGACAAACCGUCUUUCUCCCCCUUCGUUCCCCCGCCUAUUCAACGCCUUUCCCUUCCCCCGUCUGUAUCUUUAAGCUGUGCUAACAAGUCUACUUCACCUUCCCCCCCAUCAUCAUCAUCGACUCCAGGUUUAAGUCCACCCCCGCGAGCCUGUCCAAAGAAGCUCAAGGCGCCUACUAAAUCACUCACUUCUUCCUCUCCCGUACCAGGUCCAUCAACCUCUAAUCCCUCUGCUAUCUUCCCUUACCUACACCGCCUCGAAAUUCGCGACGAUAUGGCUUCCCGUCGCCAACAGAGACCUCUUCUCGUUCUCAAGCUGUCCUCUCCUUCUUUCCUCGAUUCCGUUGCUACAGACCUCGUAGCAGAAACUCCUCUAUACUCAGUCGAAACUGUCGGCUCUUCAACUACUGUCUGGCGUUCAGAUCCCUGGGGUGCCUCUGUUAAGAUUGCAGACAUAUGUUGGCCCAAAGAACUCCCUCUCAAGGGCAAAGGAAGGGAUACCCACGGUGCCCUCAUACAAAUGGGUGAUCCUCGCUGGAAAGACACUGACAGCUACCUCAAGUAUGCCAGCCUUGGAAACUCCCGCAAAUUCAGCUUACCAAACCAUCCCCAUGUGCUAAAGUGGAAGCGAACUGGUCGCACGUAUCAGUGCACAACUUCAUCCUGCAAGGGCCCCAUCGCAUCCCUUGACACACUACAAGACGACGAGAACACUCCACGACUUAAAGUAUUUGAAACCCUUGGUCCCGUCCACCAAUCAGUUCCACAAGUAGAACACGCUGGAAUAUCCCUUUCCCUACUAGAUAACCUCUUCGUCACCGCUCUGCUCCUCGUUACAGAAGCCGACGAUUGGAUGACUCUAAGGCACAAUCCCAAUUCUCUCGAUACCCCAGCUACAGAUACCGUCUCCCUUCCUAAAUCCACAUCCGCUCCUGCUUCUGCACGUCAAUGGCGCAAAAUAAUGUACGGCGAGCCUCUCUACCCAUCCCUCAAGACCCCUGCAGUCGACACUCGCUGCAAUGAAGAUGCAGAUGUCCUUGAUAUCUCAAGUGCAGCACCGCCUCCCACAUCCGUAAAUCAAUGGCGAAAAAUUGUGUAUGGCGAACCGUUAUACCCAUCAUUACGACCUCAUAGUGCAGACGGGCUUGAUCUUCCCCCACGCCCAGGUACCGCAUGGGACACCGCAAGCAUCUCUUCAGAGUCCGUGUGCUAUCCCGCAACCCCUUGUUCUGCGCCGUCCAGUGGGUUCUACACAUCCACGUUCUUUGAUGAAUCAGACAGAUCCGUCCCAAGGAUCAACACAAGCGCGCGAUAUUCAGCUCCCCUCAGUCUUUCACCUGCAACGGUAUCGCCGAUCCCCGCAUCUGAUUGCAUGGCACUAUCAUCACAGCCUUCCCCCUCGCCACGUGCAGGUACCCGGCGAGAGCUUCCCGCGCCGCCGUCUUCAUGGCACCCCCCGCCUGGAUCACAACCGUGGCUUCACCGAUCCAGAUCGUCGCCCCGAUUGUCGUCUAUCCCAACCGCGCGCAAUCGGUUAGUCACAGAAGAUGGGGUGCUGGCCUCGCCGACACCGCUAGACGGUGAUACGGACGGUGUGGGCGAUACGCCCCAGUCACGCAGCCGUGCUCUUUCUUCCGGGUCUGUUGUUCGUCGCCGACUGCCCACCGUCCCCUCAAACCCUGCAUCCCCUGCCAGUUCACCUCCUGCUCGGACGAAACGCCUCCCCACCUUGGCGCGUACGCUCCCCCCUACGCCCAUCUCCAUACCUCGCUCGCCCUCCACGGGGCAUCGCUACACGCACUCGUCCAACAUCAUUUCUCAGACUCCGAUAUCAGAAACGAUGCCCACACGGCCAUCAACCGCACAGCAGCCGCGUACCAGGAACCGUCCAGAGAAGGAUCCCGAUGAGGUGCUGGGGUGGGUUCGUAACGUUACGAGAGCGCACCAUCACCGACGCGCGCUUGAUUGCGAGGAGCUUGAGGGCCGCCACGGGGUUCUGGAAGAAGCUCCGCCGCCCGCGUACAAUGCCAUUGACUUCUCAAAGCCCCCACACUCCCGCGCAUUACCGAAUCCCAGUUGAACCCCCACCCUGUCCUUCAUUCCACUGUUUAUGGAUAUAUCAUACGUGACGUCAAUAAUGAUAGAAGUCUUUCCCGCAACGAAAUCGUGAUUGGUCCCUCCUCAAAACAUAUCUUUGCAUUUAAUUUCCAGCCUGCAAUAUUUUCCUUCUUCUUUUCGAGUUGUUGUUGUUGUUGUUUGU